AAAACCAGGUUUAAUAAACCUUUGCAUUUCCUACUUCAAAGAAUUUUUAAUGUGUUCUAAGAAAUCUACGGAUUUACUUUUUUUAUUUCAUUAUUUAAAAAAAUUGUUUGCAUUGCUUAUAUUAAUUGAUUAAGUAUUAAAUUAUCGUGCCACACAGUGCAAUCUACACGUUUGCAAUUUAGUAAAAAAAUUAACAAACAAAAGGGAAGGCACCAGUACUAUCAGUCUAGAGGGCCAAAGUGGUGCAUUAUAGCCCGCAAUGACCGCGCGCACUCAUGCGUGUUUCCGUUUCCUUUCGUCAGCUCUAAACCUGGUCCCACCGUUGGUCCCACCUCAUCAGUCCAACUCCGCAAGCGUCAGUAGUCCGCAGCAAUCUGCAUUUGCCUUGCCUAAAAUCAUGUCAACGCGUGGAGCUACCGUCUAUGGGGUGCUACUUUUGUUUUUCAACACAUUGUUUUUGGCUAGUGGUGGUGCACUCGUGGUUUUGAGCGCGCUUCUCCUUUCUGAUACGGAAAGGGUGCUCCUUUCGCGCCUUCUCCUCUUAAGCCCUGAAGCCCAGCGGUCGUACUACCCUCCUUUCUACUACGCAGCCCUUGCUAUGGGAUGCACUGGUUUAGCUGGCUGUACGACUGCCUUCCUUGGUUACUGGGGUGCUUGUCAGAAGAGAAAAGGUCUUCUAGGCACAUUGAUUGGUUUGCUUGCGAUUUUGCUGCUAGGCCAAGCAGCUUUGGUGAUCGUGCUCUGCACCCUGCCAGUGGGGGCGAAGACCCUGUUUGGAAUCGGUGGCAUUUUGGAGUCGAAAACUCUCACCGAAGUCCUGCAAGUCAAUUUUGGAUCUCCUGGACACGAACUUUUCACAGCCGCAUAUGAUUUGGCACAAUAUACGUUUAAGUGUUGCGGCGUUUUGGGGUCAAGCGACUAUGAAGCUUCUUGGUGGCGGAUGCAAGAGUUAGGGAGCAGAGAGAUGAGAGUGCCAUUGACCUGUUGCUACCUGGACAAUUUGUCCAGUGACGCGAGGGCAUUCCUUGAUCCAGUGCCUCACAACAAUACAGUGUGCCAAGCCCCUGAUGCUAAAGUAAAUAAGAUCGAGAGAUUCCAACAGGGUUGUUUGCCAUCUCUAGAAAAUUGGUUCACAACCCAGUGGACGUAUGCUGCUGGCAUAGUGGCCAUCCUGUUUGGUCUGCAACUGUCCGUCUUCUUCAGCGCCAUCGCCCUGUGUCGGCGCCUGCCAUCAAGAAGGCGCCAGGCAUGCGCCAACUCGUUAUGAAGACAAUCCCUCGGAGUCCCUUCGACGGCAAAAUAUGGGGACUCUGAGGGCCACUACCCAAGCAACAAGCCUGAGUACCAGUCUACACGUGGAGGCUGCACCCUGUCGAGGCAGGGCCGAUGGGAAGUCGCCCGACAACCAGUGAGGAAACACAUUGAUUCUCACUGGGUUGUUCGAGCGACUCCAGCCACCUUGACGGGAAACCGAAAUCCUUUGGGUCGGGGCAACGCGCUAAACUAUUGCAGUCGUGGUAAGCCAAGAAUAAAACGACCAGCGCCAGCUGUCCCCAGAGACUUGUUGGAGUACCAAGAAAUGCUGCGCCGAAGUGCAAUUUGGUGACAAUGAUCUUUAAUUGGGGGUUUUUUUUAUUUUUAUAAUUAACGUCCUUCAAAAAGGAAACUGCUGGAAGAAAAUCAAAUCGAGCAGACAGCGACCACAUAUUUAGAACAAAGCGGUUCUGUAAUGCGCUAACCGAGAGAGCUUUUAUGCGCUAAAAACACCGCUCAUAGCGCGAUCGUACCCUCACUAAAACACAAUUCCGUAAACUCAUCACAGAAUUACAAUAAGCAAUAUAUAAACCAUUUUUAAGUACUUCUCAUGUAUCAACCGUUCUAAACAAAUUAUUUAUCAAGAAAACAGUUCUUUUAUUUUCUGACAAUAUAAUCAGCAUGCACUCAUUUUAAAUCAUACAAGCUGAAAGCCAAGAAAAACUCAAAUUUUAUUCAAUUAAGUUAAAAUAGUUCAAUGUCAAAUUAAAAUUUUCACAACCCAAAACAGUGCGCUUGAAACUUAAAUACCAUGACUGUUUUAGACUGAUUCAGUGUUAAAUAAUUAUCACGGUAAAAAUCAGACAUCAACGGUAAUAAUAUAAAUAAUUUAGAUCAUUCAUAAUUUGCUUGCCCUUUCCUAUUGUAAAUCAUUACUCGUGCUUUUAAAUUGUGUAUUUUUUUAUUCUAGCACUUCAUUUGAUUAGCACUUCUUUAACCUAUAAAACGAUUAAGAUCAUUAAGAUCUCAUUGUUAUUCUUUAACGAAGAGUGGAAAGGGCCGCAAUUUAAAUUAAGGCAUAUUUUUAGAUUAUUUUAUGUCCAGGUUUCCUUCACCUGAUGUAAAAAAUGCUGUAAUUUAAAGAAUAAUAUAUUAUUUUGUGUCAACUUGUAAUUAAUUUAUGUACGUGUUAUCCCACACUCGUCCUGUAUUUACUCUUGAACCAGAGAAAACGACACCUUGUUGGCAGGGAUCGCCACAAAGCACUGGGCGUAAUAUGUGUUGAAAUACAAUGAACAUGCGCGCAAAGUGUGAAUAUACGAGUGGGUAGCUAAGAAGUGCAACAUACUUGUUUGUGAAAGUAAUGGGCAAGAAGGGUGUCGAAUUAAAAAUGAUCGCUAACGAAUCAUCAUGGUGUAAUUUUUAUAUCCGCAUCAUAUAGCGAGAAAGACAUUAGCACAGGCACCGCAUCUCGUUGCGGGCUAGGCGAAAGAAAGGUGGCGCACACACUCGAGCAAGUCCUGCAAAUAAUCUUCUUACUUGCAAUGACGGUUCCGCCAGUUUCGAGCAAGCAUAUCGGACGCCUUACAAGUUGCCUUCCAAUUUAAUCCAAAUAAUUCUUGCAAAUAACUUAAGUAUUCCUUAAUGGCGAUCAAAUACAGUGGAAUAAAAUAAACAUUGAUUCCUCUGGAUUUUUAUAUCAUUUCUUGAAAUGAAAAUUAAUAUAAUUUAUCAAAAUUUUUUUAAUCAAUUUUAAUUAAUUGGAAACCCCAUAAUUUUUUAUAAAAAUUGUGCAAAAAUGCUUAUUGAUUCAUGAUCCGGCCCUCAUUUUCCACUCUGGGCGUUUUAAUGCCACAAUAACCAGAAUCAAUCGCAAGCAAAUUGUAAAGGGUUCCAAUCAUUAUAUUGCGAAGAGGAAAUAUCACACCACACUAUGAGCGUUACUGCAACCUCUCCGCCGUGGCUACCAGAUAGAAUUGAAUAUUUCCUCGCGUCUGGAGACCUCGUCUGUGCCAAGCCAGAAUCUAAAAUUAGCAUGGUGCGUGUGCAUACAAUGGGGAAGGGUGCGACUCUCUCUUUCUCUGGCGAUGCGGCGCACGAAGCGCUCCCAAAUAUUCAAAACGCGUAUAGCUGCAACCUUAUUUUUUAAUCCUCCACUUCCCAGGUCUCGGAAGUUAAAUAAUAUUUCAUGACGUCAGAGAUCAGAACUUUAAAAAAACUUCUAGUUUGAAUAUAUUUUUGAAAAUGAUUUAUUUCUGCAAGUAAAAAAAAACAUGGUUUUGCGAGCUUUUGCAAUUAAAAAGCCUUGUCCUUAAAAUUUUUCUUUUUCACAAUCACUGUUGACCUCUACGCAAACUGUGUGUAAUUUUACACCACUAUAACAUUAAGCAGGCUGCCUUCCAUAUAUCAGAUUAUCACCUUCAGUUCAGAUUCAAAAAUAUGUGUUCCAUAUAAUACUCUAUAUAAAUAAUAAAUACAUCCCACUCUAUUUGAUUCAUUUUUCCUCAACGCCAGUAAUGCACCACCACAUAAUAAUUGUUAAUUAUAUUUGUGCUGCAAGCAUGUUAUUUUCUGAUAAGAAAAAUGAACUUGGCUUAUCAUAUCAUCAAAAUUUAUUUUCUCUUUUUAAACAACUGACCGACUAGCUGUGGCUACCGACUGAAUUUCAACGAGAGGAUAAGCCGGGACUUUUAACAUCAUUUUUUGUUUGACAGAUUAGUUUGUGAUAAAAAGCUGAACAAGUAAUAUCAUUUUAGGCAAAGUAUCAAUAUAAUAUUGAUACUAGAAGUUUGUGCAUGCAGUUGCUGGCCGUGUGGUGCAUAUAUUCGUGUUCACCCCAAUUUUAGUUCUGGGUGAUGGGGAUUCGAGCCUCGCCCGGUCCGAGAGCCGGCAAGGGAGCCUCAACCGUCAAAACUCCGUCCUUGCUAAGGGAGCUCUUGAUGUCUUCCGGAUUUGUACCCUUGGGAAGGAGGAACUCUCGGUUGUAUUCACGGUACACACUCUUGCUGUCGGACUUCUCCUCGUGUUUUGCGUGCACCUGGAACAAAAUUUCAGGCAUUAUUUUUAUUGAGUAAAUAAUAUUUUUUUUCUUUAGUGUUCCGUGAGAAAUUUUUCAAAUUUGGUUUGAGCAAAAAAUUAGCGCUCUGCUCAGUGAUCAAUCAGUUCGCUCGCAAUUUUCAAAAGUAGUACGCUUGUAAAAGUUAUUUUUGAGCAAUGCAGUUUUAUAAAAACGAGAUAAUUUUUUCAAAACAAUCUGGUAAAUUAUAUAUAAUGGGUUUACAACUUUGUA